CGGAGUGUACGUGCACUCAGCAACAGGUUACGCCAUUGAGUCAAAUCCCAAUUCUGCCUGGUUAUGACCCUUCCAAUAUGUUGAUGGCCAGGGAAGAUGUUCGCACGAUUGAGCUUCAGAGAAGUGGAAGAAUGUCCUCUUCGGUGCACCUGUCCUCCACCACGGUUACUCUGGCUCCUCCAGAGCAUACACCGAGCUUUGAGGGGUUGCAUGCAAGGCAGACAAAGGCAGCACCUGCAUGGAUGCUUCAGCACAGUAGUUCAUCCUCCGUGACAAUCCCAAUGGUAUCAGGUUCUCUGAACAGGCUCCAAGGCAGAUCUUCUGAGGAUGUGACACAAGGGACGGACGUUGUUGAGCAAAGUCUGUGUGUGCCAGAUGCCUCCCUCGAGCAGCUCAUGGUUGCGUACCAGUCGAGCACAGCUGGUGCUCUUGGGUCCAGGGUGCCAGCCUGGGGUACAACCAUGCUGGGGAGUGAGUUUCGGCUUGCUAUGGGGGCUGGUCCACAUGCAAUGGGCUCCGCGAGCUUUACAGGAGUGACUGGCAUUGGCUAUAGAACAGAUGGAGGCCAUUCUGGAGCAGUGCCUACGGACAGACUUUUGCAGAAUGCCUAUGGUGGAAAGAUAAACACAGAUGCAGUACAUAUCUCUUCUGUGUCCGAGGGCAGACAAUGUGGGAUGCGAGGUGGGAAAGGAGGAGGAUCUAGUGUUCCAUCACAGGAAGGUUAUGGGAUGGCAAGGAUGAUCCUGAGUGCUCCGAUACCGGAUGAGUCGUCUGCUCGACUUUUCUCAGGACUUCAGUCGAAACAGGACGCCCCAUCAGGAAAAGGAGUGCUCACACAGGAGGGGCUUCUUCAGUCCGUUUUACAGAUUGUCGGAACAGCUCUGAAUGCGGAUGUAACGAUUGCAGCGGGAUUGCAAAUGCCAGCUCGCAUAGCAGAGACAAUUGCAUGUGCUCCUAGUGGACUUAUAUCAGUUCCAGUGAGGAUGAGCAAAGGUCUUGUUGCUGCAGCACAAGGAAAGGUGAUAAGUACGGAAGGACUGCUGCUUCCGAGCAUGGUGACAUCUUCUCUGGGAAUGAGACCCAAGUGCUUUCUGGGGAAGAUGUUCAAAGGAGAUGGGUAUGGGACCUACCUCAUUGUUAUUCUCAUCCUCCCAAUUUUGCAGACUGUCCUUUGGAGAGGAGACCAGCUCUUUACCGCAGUGUAUGAUGCUACUCUUCUGUGCAACAAAGAGUUCGUUGGCACGCUCAGCAAAGUCGUGAAUCACCACACCCAAACGUCGGCCAAUGCCCGCUGUCCCCGUACCACCGGCGAGAUUCUUUAUGUGAUUCGAAGCAAGCACCCGAAGGUGAAAUUGCUCCCUGCGCUGGUGGCGAAAUUGAACAAGUAUGACUUACAGGGCCGUCCGACAGAUGUUGAGGAUCCGCAGGAUCUUGCAUCGGGUGAUGGAGCUGGUGCAUCGGGGGACCCCGGCACGUCGUCGGCAGUGGGAGACGGUGGCCGUGACACAGGUUCAACAGGGGGGCAAGGCGGUGGUGUCGGUUAUGAUUCGACAUCUAUUCAACGACGGGAGAGGGCAGAUUUUGUAGCCUAUGCAGCCGCUUUGGAUUCCAGGGGGCCUGACCUCCCAUCGGAGAUUGCUGAGCACCUGCGGGGUCCCGUUCUGGCUGCCGCUCGCCCUCCGCGACCUCCAUCGAGUGCGCAACAGUCGUCCAUGACCAGUUACAUAGUGGAUGAGCUGCAGAAGGAGUUCGACCAGGGGGUUGCUUCGUUCUUCUUUGAGAAUGUCAUCGCCUUCAAUGCCGCGCGGUCAGAAUCGUACAAGAACUUGGAAAGGAUCAUGAACCUGACAGCGAGGUUGAGGAAGAUUUUGCGAAUGCCGGGGUACAACUACUUGAGGACGAAGGCCCUGCCCGCGGAGUACAAAGUGGUGGACAAUGAUUUGGACAACAUCCGAGAGCUGUGGAAUGUCACAAGCCUCACCUUGAUGACGGAUGGCACAACAACGACCAGCAACAUGCCGGUCAUGAACUUCAUUGCAGCUGGCGAUUCGGGGGCGGUCAUGGUGAAGAGUGUGGACAUUGAGGGGAAGGACAAGUCGGCUCCGGCUUUGGCGAGGAUGUGGGAGGAGGUCAUAAGGGAGUUGGGGGUGCAUAGGGGCAGGGAGAUCACAACCUUCAUCAAGCGACAUCAGCGGGCGUUGGCGAUGUUCUGGAAAAGUGGGAGGGAGUACAGGACACGGAUGAACAUCAAAGAAGGGAGGCCGUUGGAGUUGAUCCAGCCGGGGGAGACUAGAUUUGGCACAAACUUCCUCAUGCUGCAGCGACUUCGGGAGUGUGAGGGCGUGUUGCUGCACACUGUUUCCAACCCGCGGUGGGAUGACUCUCCAUGGGACGGGACAGCAGCGACACGGGCGCGGUCGUGCAAGGAGCUCAUACGAGACCCUGCUUGGUGGUUGACCGUGGAGAGGGCAUGCACCUUGCUUGAGCCCGUUUUCGCCUUGAUGAAGAACAUGGACAGAGAUGGGAGGAUGGGUAUGCAGGUGUGGUCGUUGGGCAUCACGCUGGAGAAGAGAAUGGUCGUGCUACCCAUGGAUUGUGAGACAAGGGAGUUCGUGAUGGCGAAGGUCAAACACCAUGUGCGGAUGAUGGCUCUGCCUGUGCAUGCAGCGGCUUGGAUGUUGCACCCGCUCCACCGAUCACCUCGACUCUUCGACGACAUGGAUUCCGAGGAGAUUGCAAACACGUUGACACACUUUGCUUCGGUUCACCCGAAGAAUUCAAAGGAGUACAAAGAGUGUUGGAAAUCCCUUAAGAGUUUCCAUCACAUGGACCCAGAGUGGUUCGGGAAGAACUCUGAGGAGGCUUUGACGGGCGGUCACGUGUCUAUGGCGCAGUGGUGGUUGACUUAUUUGAAGAGGCACCCAACCUUGACGAAGAUCGCUGUCAAAGUGCUCAGCAUGUGGACGACAGCCUCUCCUUGUGAGAGGAAUUGGUCCACGUUCGAUCUCAUUCACUCGAAGAGGAGGAAUCUGUUGAGCCCGGAGAACCUGGAGAUGCUCGCGAAGAUGGGAUUCGUGAACACCGAGCAGCUAGAGUGGGAGACACCUGAGGACGACGCUCGUUUCGACGGUUUCAUGCGAGAAGGGGAGUACGGCCCCGCAAAGGUGAAGAGGAGGGCUGCCAACUGGUCGAAAUCUCGAGGGCGCAGAUCGAAGAGCACCAGAUUCGACGUGCGGGAGAUUCAGGAGGAGAGGGCGGAUGACGGGGCAUGGCUCCUUGAUCUUUCCUACCGCCCUUGCCGUCUCGCGGAUGACGACCGCGGGAAGACCGCUGCUGAUGUUGAUGAGGAGGAGGACGACAGAGACGACAACGAUGGUGAUGAUGAGUUACUCGAAGUGCAGCUCACAGACAAGCGGUUUGGCAGGCGAUCGGGCGGCGGGUCAUGUUUCGCGACACAUGUCGACAUCACGCCGCUGGCUGGCCCUGCAUCCGGUGGCCCUUCGGCGGUUGCUACGUUCAUGGCACCAGCACAGUCUUGGGUGCGCAACACACUCCUCACCGGCGACCUGCGGUCGAGGAACCACCCACAGGGUGGGGGGCGACAGACGGGGGAUCGGCGGAUGUUGACCGGGACAAUGCUGCUGCGGGGGAUGUUCAAAACUUUGGUGUGUCUACGGACGUUCCGGUUCCCGGCGCUGCUGAACGUGAGGAUGGAGACAUGGGUGCGGACAAGGACCACCCGGUCCUUGGAACCAGCGGAGGGCACCCAGUGUACCGGCGACGAUGUGUUCUCCACUCCGGACCCGGGGUUGCCGCUGGCUGAGGGAUUCGCCUCCCUAUUGCACCUCGUGGCCCCCAUUGCUGCAAGAGGCUCCAAGAAAGACUUCGGGGAACACCUGGUUGCAAUGUCCCCCAUGAGGAGUGAUUCCGAGGGACAGACUCCUGAUUGGGCCAGAGUCACUAGACAGACUUCGGAGUGGGCCAGAUUCACUGGACCGAUCCCUCCCGAUCAGCUGUUGAGCAAGGAUAUUCCCACGGAGGCCGGGGAAGGAUGGCAGGGCAUAGUGUACAAGAGGAGGGCCCGAGCUGCUGGACUUGACCGCCUACAAGAUGCAGCUGCAGAACAUGAGCCAUCGUCGCCGCCCGAAAUCAACGUGAGCUUGGUGCGCCAAGUGAAGAGUUUGGUGGGCAGAAAGAAAGUAGGGAAGAACAAGCCAAAGGAGACAGCGGAACCGUCGAGCCGAGGCAGACGAGGCAAGGGACGCAAGACAGCCACACCGUCGGCGACCUUGCAAGAGAAGCGUGCUGUUGUUCGGCAGGCAAAGAAGAGGAAGGCACAAAAAGUUCAGAAGAUAGCCAGUGCGAAGAGGAGGAAGUGUGUGCAAGAGGACGAUGAGUCCGCAAGCAGCAGCGCUGCGUCUUCUGCAGAGGAAAUGAAAGCGCGGUCGAGUGACGCGUCGUCGUCGAGUGACACAUCAUCAUCGCCCGACACGUUCGAGGGCAUCUGUUAUGCACUGUGGACUGGUUCUGAGAAGGUGCUUCCUAAUGCAGAAGCAGUCAUGUCAGAUGCUGUGGUGUCACUUCCCUUCCUAUUAGCGAAUCGGGUUCGCUCACUUUGCUAUGAUCGGCUUGGCCAGAGAUUCAAUGCAAUACUGACAAGGAUGCCACAGGGUGUUGUGUUUGUGGACGAUGGGCUUGGGCCCUGCCUUGUAAAUCCAACAGCUGCCAAACUGCUGGAGGCACCCUCUCAUGGUGAAGUGGAUUCCGCAAAGAUUGCAGCAGGGAUGCGAGCACUUGCUGCUCGGGCUAACAUGAAAGCCGAUGUAUAUAGGUGGUUUAACUCUGUAGCUGGGGACCCCAACAAGGAGGUGGAGGAUUACUGGGAGUUGAAGAAUCCACGAUGUGUUCUGAAAGUGCGCUCGUACCCAGUGUCCAGCCAAGUUACACAUGGCAGGAUCUGGCUCUUUGAUGAUAUCACAACAGAGAGGGACGCUCAGGAAGCCAUUCAGGCUGCUGAUAGGGCAAAGAGUCAGUUCCUUGCUAUGAUGAGCCAUGAGCUUCGCACACCAAUGACAGGUGUACUGGGAAUGGUAGAACUACUGCGCCUCACACCCCUGACAACUGAGCAGUCCCGACUGGUCAAAGUACUGCAAGGCUCUGCAGAAGGAUUAAUGUACGUGUUGAACGAGAUCCUGGACUUCUCCAAGAUUGAAGCUGGUCAUCUGACACUCGAGGCUAUUGAUUUCCAUGUGGGCGACCUUCUUCAGCAGAUGACGGAUCUCUUCUCGGGGAAGGCAUUGGAGAAGAAACUUACGCUGACUAUUGAUUUGCCAUCAAAGGAGGACCUUGUUGUUAAAGGAGACCCUGCAAGACUGCGGCAGAUCAUAUCGAACUUGAUAUCAAACGCUAUUAAGUUUACUGAGAGUGGUGGGAUCAGCAUAAAGUGGAAGAGGGCAAGUUUGCCGAUUCUCGACCAUGUUCCAAUUGAGGGUGAAGGUGAUCAGUUGAAGUGCAAGUCGGAAGAGCCCAAAUAUGGUAGUGAAGUGCCCGAAAGAAUCGCAGCAGGCCAAGAGAAUAUCAACAAGCAGAAAGACAUUCGGAAUUACAGCUUGAGAGAGCUUUGGAGUUGUGGACGUGGGGCAAUCUAUUGUCCGGACACUACAAAGCUGCACUCUCUGGGACGCAGCAAUGGGCCAAAGGAAUGUCCUGAUCCCUAUCAAGGAUGCAGUGCAGAAACCAAAUUGGGCAGCAAAGUGGAUGAAAGAGGAAAAUACAUCAACGAACAUAAUCCAAUCCAGCAGAACCAGAACACAGGUGCUGGACAGGCAGGAAAGACAAACAGAACAAGAGAUACAGUCGUGGAUAUGGCAGACAAUGACAGCAGCAACGCCAAUGGAGACAAGUCCCAACGAAUAUGGUUUGACAUCAGGAUUUCUGACACCGGGGUUGGGCUGAAUCCAUCUCAGAUGUCACGACUUUUUAAUUCCUUCACCCAAGCAGACAGCAGCACUACAAGAAAAUUUGGUGGAACAGGACUAGGGCUUGCAAUUUGUCGUGGUUUGGUCCAAUCGAUGGGGGGAGAAGUAUGGGUGUGGAGCGAGCCAGGUGCCGGAAGCACUUUCGGUUUCAUUGUUGGGCUACUGCCUGCAGAUGACCCCCAGAAACUGCUGAAGAAAGAUGAAAAUUCAGCUCAAGUCCGUCCGGCAUACUUGGAACCAUCAACCAGUGAAAAGCCGCCACUCAAAAUCUUGGUUGCAGAGGACAACAUCGUGAACCAAACACUGAUAAGGAAGAUGCUGAAGCACUUUGGCCACGAGGCAAAGAUUGUCGGGAACGGCCAGCUUGCAGUCGACGAGGUCAAGCGACCAGAUGCAAGGUAUGACAUUGUGCUCAUGGACCUGCAGAUGCCAGUGCUUGACGGUCUUUCGGCGACAAUGGCCAUUCGGCGACUUGACAGCCCUGCAUCAAAAAUCCCUAUAUAUGCCCUCACUGCGGAUAUAUUCACCAAGACCAAAGGGAAACUGGAAGACAUGGGUCUGGACGGGUACCUUACAAAGCCGAUCAAUUGGCAGAGUAUGUCGGAAACUCUCCGGAAGGUAGCAGAGCAGCAACAAAGCACUUCAUCGGUAGCAUCAUCCGAGAACCCCACAUCCACUCAGGGACAGCAGUCUUUUUCUGACUCUGUGCAAGAGUCAUUAAUGAAGUUGGGCGAACCUAAUGCAUCAAAGUCUCUGCUAUCAUCUGCCUUGUCAUUGGUAUCCUUACCAGUUGAAGUGGCUUCAGUGCGGCUGUCAGCACCAGCGUCUUCGUGUUCAAUGUCACAAUGCUCUUUACCAGUGCCUCCGAGCAACGGUGAGGCUGUGGCGGUUUUAGUGGUACCACCCUCAGGGCCAACAAUGGUUUCACCACACUCCCGAGACACGUCUUCCAGCAGUGAUGAUGCAUCGCUGCAACUAAGUUGUGGCAAUUCCGGGAUGCAACUUCAGUCUUCGGUAUCUGAAGUGCUCUCAACGCCAGCAACGCGAGCUUCAGGGGCACCAUCCUCAGGACCGAAAAUGGUUUCACCACACUCCCUAGCCAUGUCUUCCUGCAGUGACGAUGCAGCUCAGCAGCCAAGUCGUGGUGACUCGGCAGUCCGUCUUGAAUCGUCAGUAUCUCAAGUGGUCUCCAUGCCAACUUCAGGGUCGCUACCAGUUCCAGCACCGCUCUUGUCAGUGUCGCAAGUGAUAGCAUCAUCACCCAGUGGAUUAGCUUCAAUGUCGAUGUCAAUUUCAGCAUCAACAUCAUUCCCACCAUCUUCCUCCCCAAUGCCUCUGAGCAGUGAAUCGGCACUGGUGUCAUCACACUCCUUAGCCUGUUCUUGUGGUAGUAAUGAUGCAGCACUGCAGCCAAGGGAGGGAAAUUCAGCAGUGGAUUUUGAAUCAUCGGUGGUAAAGGGACAGCAGAUGCUGUGGCACUUCAACCAGGUUCAAUGUCCACGUCAACUUCAGCAUCAGUAUUAUACCCACCAAUGCCACCGUGCUCCUUCCCCGAGCCUUUGAGCAGCGAUUCAACAGUGGUUUCAUCACACUCCUUAGCCAGUUCUUGUGGUAGUAAUGAUGCAGCACUGCAGCCACGGGAGGGCAAUUCAGCAGU